CUCUAUGGGACAGUUGUGUGUUAUGUUUACAAUGCAUUGGAUUAUCUCAGACAUGGCGGCGGCUGUAGGAGUGCAAUAAUCUCUUUAAAAAUAGGCUGUCCUGAAUGUUUUACCACAAAGACACGUGUUUGUUUGAAGGUAACGGCAUUGCGUUAGUCUGGGAUUUAAUUUAUAUUUUACAGCAAUUUAUUCUCAUAAACGAAUGUGCAAUGUUACGUUAGGCAAACGCUGUUGAAGCAAACGAUUUUUAUUUAUGUAUAAGAGAGGCCAUGAACACCAAAGAGAUCAUUCAUUAUGCUACACAGAUAGAAAAGUUGCAAAACGAUGGCAGCUAUGAAGAUAUUGUAUCAUUACUGACAGAUCUGAAUAACGCGUCUGUUACGUCAGAGCAGAUUCAGACCACAGAAAUUGUGAGGGUCCUUUAUAAGCUCCUGAAGUUCUGUCCAGUCGUAAGUGCUAAAACGAUAGCAAAGAGCUUGCUCUCAAAAUGGAAGAAGUUGUACAAGUUGUCACCUGUGCUGAAAAGUAAUAAUGACGACAAACGUGAGGGCAAAGAACUAGAGACACAUAACCUGCCUGAUAAUAAUGUGUCAUUGGAAAUUCCCUCAGUAACCAGUGGAUCUCAUUGCUUAAAGGGAAAUGAGAAUCAGGCAUUUACAUGCAGCACAGAGCAACACAAUAUAAAAAAGGAUGAAAAACAGGACAAAUGUGAAGACAGUACUGUAGAUACUUCCUCUGUACUUCCUCUUCCAAGUACUUCCAGCACUUCCUCUGGCUCCACGGAAUUAAGAACCAAAUGUGUCCAGCUGAUUCUCCAGGCUCUUACCCCAAAUCAGCAAGUAGGCUUGGAUCAUAUGGACAAACACAAAGCCCUUGCCCAGGGCAUUGAAGAAAACGUUCAUGGUCUUUACGGAUCUAACCUAUUUAAGUACAAGUCGUGCAUCAGGAGCAAGGUGGCCAACCUAAAGAACCCAAAGAACCCUCAUCUACGUCAAGGCCUUAUGUUGGGACACCUGACUCCAGAUGCAUUUGCCCGCAUGUCUGCAGAGGAAAUGGCAGGGGCUGAACUUCGACAGAUCAGGGAAACAUACACCACUUUGGGCAUCAGUGAGCAUCAGUUACCACAGGUGGUGGAAGGGACACCCACCAAUAAAGUUAGCUGCAGACGCUGUGAUGGUUUGGACUGCAGGGUGACACAGAUCUCAAGAGGAAUGCUCUUUUUGCCGUCGUGGGUACGGGGUGGCAGUACGGAUGAUGAUUCGAUGACCUUUAUGACCUGUGCUAAUUGUGGAGAGCAGUGGUACCACAGUAGCUGGGUUUGCCUUUGAGAAAGUGUUUAUGUGUAUUGAUGAUAACUGUGUAAUGAUGAUGAAUAACAGCAUUGUGCACUAUUUUAUUUUUCUGUACACACAUACCCAUUUUUUAAUCAGAUAAUGUUUUUCGUUUGGUGCAAUAAACCUUCAUAAUGCA